GUAAAAGUGGUUUUGUAUACACGGUUGACCUAAUGACAGGAGGGCGGGCCUCGACUGCCAAAGUGGGACAAGCGCUAACUACAGCAAUGGACGAUUCGGUUCCUGAUACUCCCAUUCGGGGAAGCAAGCCUGCUCCUGGCACCCCUGACAACGAUGAGGACUACGAGACCAUCGCCACCUUGCCGGCGCAUACCAUGACUCCCUCCCAGCGAUUGACCCAGGCAACGCAACUAGUCGAUAUGCCCUAUUCUCGACCGAAUACGGUAAUUCAGGUCGCUGCCUCCUCGCCCAUGGCCCCUGCUGCCUCCCCACCCACCCAACGUGCCCCCGGCGGAGGACUGUUGAGCUCCCUCAUGGCUCCUUCUGGCACAUCCUUCCGUCCCCCAGCUACCACCGUUCGCCCGACGAAAAGAACUCCAAACUUCGACAUGGAUGACGGCCCCACCUACCGAGGCGGGUCUUCGGACGACGACGAGAACCGCAUGGACAUCAAGCCUGCCAUGUUUGAGAAAACUGCUCGAAGCCCCGAAAAGGUUGCCGAGUCGCCUGUGCGCGCUGAGCCUGGCUCUAUAGAUCGCUUCCGGGAAAUUACCUCAUCUGCCAUUUACGACCCAAAUGCGGCAGGCACGAAGCGCUCUGCCGAUCAAAUGAGCCCUGCGGACGCCUCUCGAGGCGUUGCUACCAAAAAGCUCCGACAAGGUGCUCCUUCUCGCGCGCAACCUGUGACUGCCCAUAUCUCGACCGUGCUGGACAUUGCCGAUUUCCGGAUCCGAGUCAAAGUGGAGCGCAUUCUGAAAGUCAUGCCCACAAAGUCUGUACACGAGUGUGUGGAAGCUCUCAUGUCGGCCAAUGGAAACUACGAUAUGGCUCUGGAUCUACUCGCGAAUGAACCUGUCCGCGCAAACGGAAACGGAACCCGAAAUGCCGCUAUUGAGAUUGAGUCUUCAGAUGACGAGCUGAGUGCCGAGCCUGUCCGCAACAUGGGACAGAUGGCCAAGCAGAAGAUCAAGGCUCGCGGUACCAUUCAGGACAAAUGGGCUGCCUCAAGGUUGCCCGGUGCCUCUCUGAAGGAAGACGAGGUGAAGCCCCGCGGUCGUCUCAUGCGCGGUCCGAGGAAUCGGGACUCUCCGGCGCUUUCUGAUGCCAUUGUGAUCGAUUCGGACGAUGACUCGCCCCCAAAGAAGAAGCCGGGGCGCCUCCAGAAAGGCCCUCGCCGUACCCGAUCUCUCACUCCGGAAGCUGUGCUGUCAGAUUCGGAGGAUUCCGAUGUUCGUGAGGAAGAUGCAUCUGCCGGUGACCUGGACCAAAAGGUUCUACGAUUCUUCAAUACCUGCCAACCCCACGAUCUCGCCGACAUUGCCGCGGUUCCUCAAGAAACCGCCGAGCUCAUUACCUCGCAGCGCCCGUUCACCAGCCUGGGCCAGGUCCGCGAGGUCAGUGCCCCGGUGGAUGAGAAUGCUAAACCCAAGGGCAAGGGCAAGGGCCGCAAACCUCUCAAGCCCGUGGGCGACAAAAUUGUCGACAAGUGUCUGGAUAUGUGGACAGGGUACCUGGCGAUCGACGCGCUCGUUGCAGAAUGCGAGGCGUUAGGAAAGCCCGUAGCCGUAGAGAUGAAGAAGUGGGGUGUGGACAUUUUCGGUAAGAGAGGUGAUGCUGAGCUCGAGCUUGUGAACCUGAAUGGGUCUCACGAUUCGGGGAUCGCAACACCUUCCUCAAACCAUCAGUCUCCUAGUGAAGAUGAUUCGGACGAUGAUAUUCGACCGGUGGCUAAAUCCCGAAAGUCUCAAUCGAGUAGUCAGUCCGGUUUCAUCUCACAGCCAUCCAUCAUGGCUAAGACUUUGGUCUUGAAGGAUUAUCAGAUCGUCGGUCUCAACUGGCUGGCGCUACUGUUUGAGAAAAAGAUGAGCUGCAUCCUCGCUGAUGAAAUGGGUCUCGGCAAGACCGUUCAGGUCAUCUCUUUUCUCUCGCAUCUCUACGAAAAGAACAUCAAGGGGCCUCACUUGGUCGUUGUCCCCUCCUCCACCAUUGAGAACUGGCUUCGCGAGUUCAAAAACUUUUCCCCAAAUCUCGUGGUCCAGCCUUACUACGCAAAUUUGGCUGAACGUGGCUUCCUUCGCGAGCAGCUAGAGAAAGAACGUGACUCGAUCAAUGUCGUGGUGACAACCUACACCAUUGCCAAGGCUAAGGUGGAUGCAAAGUUUCUUCGCGACAUGAAUUUCUGUGUUUGUGUUUACGACGAAGGACACAUGUUGAAGAACUCGCAGUCACUUCUGUACGACAAACUCAUCCGCAUCAAUGCCGAGUUCCGACUUCUCCUUACGGGUACCCCGUUGCAGAAUAACCUGCAAGAGCUGGCUUCUCUGCUGGGCUUCAUGUUGCCUGGAGUCUUUAAACAACACAAGGAGGAAUUGCAGGCCGUCUUUGCCAACAAAGCCAAGACGUCCGACGAUUCGCACGCAACUCUCCUGUCAGCACAGCGCAUUGAGCGUGCCAAGUCCAUGCUGAAGCCUUUUGUUUUGCGCAGGAAAAAGACACAGGUUAUUGACUUGCCCGCUAAACACUCGUACGUCGAGUACUGCGAGAUGAAGCCGUCGCAGCGGGAUAUAUAUGACCAUGAAAAGGAGCAAGUCCGCCAGCUUAUCGAAGACCGUGCUGCUGGCAAGAAGACUGGCUCAAAAUCCGCCAACAUCUUGAUGAAGCUACGACAAGCAGCCAUCCACCCCUUGCUCGCCCGGCGUCAUUACACUGAAGCCAUUCUUAAAAAGAUGGCUAAGAGCUGUCUGAAAGAAGAGAAAUGGGCACUUUCUGAUCCAGCCAUCAUCGAAGAAGAGUUGCAGGCUUACAACGACUACGAGUGCCACCACAUGUGCCUUGAGAACCCGAACUCACUCGGCAAAUACAAGCUCAAGAAUGAUGAGUGGAUGGACUCUGGCAAAGUCGAAAAGCUUCGUGAAUUGCUCACCCGCUUCGUCGCCAACGGCGACCGCACCUUGAUCUUCUCGCAGUUUACCAUGGUCAUGGACAUCCUCGAGAACGUCCUCGAGACUCUCCAGAUGGAAUUUGUCCGCCUGGACGGCCGCACAAAUGUCGAAGAUCGUCAGUCUAUCCUGGACGCGUUCCACGAGCGUGUGGAUAUCCCCGUCUUCCUCCUCUCGACCAAGGCCGGCGGUGCAGGAAUUAAUUUGGCCUGUGCCAACAAGGUCGUCAUCUUCGACUCCUCCUUCAAUCCCCAGGAGGAUGUCCAGGCCGAGAACCGUGCCCAUCGUGUUGGCCAGACACGCGACGUUGAAGUGUUCCGCUUCGUCACUCGCGAAACCAUUGAGGAGCAAAUCUACGCCCUCGGUCAGACCAAGCUGGCACUUGACCAAGCCGUUGCGGGAGAUGAUGAUGGCGUCGCGGCCAAGAAGACCGAGGAAGCUGGUAUGAAGGCUGUGGAAAACAUGGUUCUCGCAGACAUGGAGAAGAAGGACAGUCCGGAGGGGAAACAGUAGGGCGGAAUACGGAGACAUGUUGUGGGAGAUGUGUGGUGGUGGCCUUUUCGGUGUUUGGGAAGAUUUCUUGCAUUUUCAUCUGGGCGUGAUUUGGCAUGUACACAUGUCGCUGGUGUUUUCUGUGACGGUUCGAUUGAAAGGUGCAUAACGCAUACGAGCAUGUUAGAGUAGACCGAAUAAAGUUUAAUUUUCGACGAUUUUA